AUGGCCUACAAGCGAUCUCGGCAAGCCUUCGAAGCCGAUCUUCAAAAACAGUCUUCGCCCUUCGUCCUGUACGGAACACCCCUGCCUCCUCUAGAUGAAAAUAUCCGAGACGAUGGGUCUUUUGUGCCAGUGUGGAAGCAGGAGGUCACAGAUGAAAGAGGACGGAAACGCUUGCACGGCGCCUUCACAGGAGGCUUCAGCGCCGGGUAUUUUAACACCGUAGGCUCCAAGGAAGGAUGGACGCCUUCUUCCUUUGUCUCAUCCCGGCAGAACCGCGCAAAGGGCGCGCGGACUGUACCACAACAGAAGCCGGAGGAUUUCAUGGACGAAGAAGACCUUCGUGAAGCAGAAGAGUCGCGCACACUUAAUACCUCGUCAGACUUUGCAGGAUUUGGCACGGAGCACGAUGCGGUGCGAAAGACCGCCGCUAUUGACAUUUUUCGACCCUUAGAUGAAACUAUUGGUUCCAAGUUGCUCAAGAGAAUGGGUUGGCGUGAAGGCCAAGGCAUCGGUCCUCGACUUCGAAGAGCAGCGAAAUUCGGCGAAGAAGCGGAAGAGGACGGCGAACCUGCGCAGAUACAUCUUUUUGCCCCAGAUGAUGUCAAGCUGGUAUCAUUCGUGCGCAAGACAGACCAUAAAGGCCUGGGAUAUCAAAGCGACUUGCAGGACCAAGAGGAGACAGCAAGUCAAAACAUCACAACGAAGAAUCUCAGGCCUGGACCCUCUGUCGAAAUCUCAGACGAGGAGGGAACUGCACCGCUGUUCGGCCCAACGAAGAAGCCUGCACCUGUAAGGAAAAGGACUGGAUUUGGUGUUGGGGUACUCAAUGAUGAUGAUUCUGAUGAGGAGGAUCCUUACUCUAUGGGUCCUAAGAUAUCUUAUCACAAGGUCAUUGCGGGUGAAAAGACGUCGAAGUCAAAAUCAAAGAGUUCAGGAAGCGCUGCAAAUCCUCUUGUGAAGACCAAACCCACAUUUAUCUCCAAGAAACUGGCAACUUUGAAAGGAGUUCUGAGAAAGUGUCAUGAUGGCCGAUUGCCACCUGAUGGCUUUGUUCUGGCAGAUGAACUAGACUCCCUGAGCUCAAUGGCCAUAAAGGAUGAGAAGUACAGACCUCCGGAGGUUCCCGAAGGCUGGAAGUCUUCCAUUUCGCCAGCCACGGAAGCAGACACUCCAUCCACAUUUGUCUCAGCAGCUGUGGCGGCCAAGUCGUCCAAUCUCACGGCCAAAUCCCGAGCAUCACUGUUAGGGGAGUCACAACUUCCAGGAAAGUCGGUGUUCGACUUCUUAACACCCGCGACUCGUGAUCGACUGGUCGUUGCAUCAGGUCGUCAAAACCUGCCUGCAGCAGGGAGCGAACCGCCGCCAAGUGGUUAUGAGCCUUCCAAAUCGGCCACAGACGACCUCCAGACUGUGGUUCCUCAACUUGAACGAGAUACAGCGCUUCAAGCCCUGAACCGCGCAGUUGGUGGUUGGAUGCCAUACGCUGAGGACGAAAACAAGCGACAGAGGUACCGAACUUUCCUCGAGAUUCAAGCGGGUCUAAGGUCGAGCGAUGAGCUACCUCGCGCGGAAAACAUGAGGCGGGAUGACUGGGUCCUGGAGAUGCAAGAGUUCGCGCGAGCGGCUGAGGUAUUUAAACCCAUCAGCGGCUUGAUGGCUAGUCGUUUUACUUCCUCAUCGACAUUUCCACAAGGUCAAGAUGGUAAACCUGGCGACACGGCCGGGUCCUCGUUAUUGACCAAGCCAAAGACAAAGCCAGAGGACCCUGCAGAAUCAGCUGCCAAAUUAGGAAUGUUUGGUCCGAUAACACGGUCCGUUAUCAACUUCUACCCUACCAGGCUACUCUGUAAAAGGUUCAAUGUCCCAAUGCCGGCCCAUGCAGCUUCGGGGGAAGGUAGGAAGGGAAGUAGAACUGCCUCUACUGCAGGAGAGCCAGGCCCUGCAGCGACGCAAUUUCGGUCUUUCGCAUCUGCAGGGUUCCAACAUGACGAAGGGUCAGAAGUCGAUAAAAGCCAGGCAGCAGCUCGAUUCAACCACCCGUCGACGCCAACAAUGGUGGAGAAUGAGCCUGCCCCGCUAGACCCGGACAAAAAUGAGGCGCUCGAGCAGCAAAGGCCCGGGCAGGCUGUGUUCAAAGCAAUCUUUGGUAGUGAUGAUGAAGAUGAUGAGUAA